AUGGCCAACUCAACAACCGAAGAGUCCACCGGAGAUGAUGCCCGGGCAGCGGGUUUACCUUGCACCCUCAACACUAUUCCGACUGAGAUACUCAAUAUUGUUGGAGAAUAUCUAGAUCCAUUGGAUCUGAGUGCUCUUAUCAGGACUGCAAAGCGCGUUAACGUCACCCUGACCCCCAUCCUCUUGAGAAAGGCGCUUCGCGGUGUUACUAUCGGCUUGGAAGGACAGAAAACUAUUCUUGACUGGGCCAUAUUCGAAGGUCACCUGGAAAUGGCAAAGACGUUGUUACACUUGUUAAACAUGGGCAAGGGGUUGUUGAAGAGGAAAAUAUACCAAUCAGCGUUGGAAUUUUCUGCACAGAAGGGGCACCUGGAUAUCUGCCAGAUGAUAUUAAAAGACAGUGCGCAUGUGUUGAACCUAUCAAAGCAUGGUACCGAAGCAUUGAAUAAUGCUAUUGUGUCGCACUUUCCUGAGAUAUAUACUCUUCUUGUUGAUGCUGGAGCUAGGGCAAAAGCGCCAGAUAUAAGCUUUUCGUUCUGUGAAUCCAGCUUGGGUAUUCGCGCGAUCCAUGCCGCUGCCUGCUGGGGCCGUAUCGACCUACUACAAUUUCUUACAAGAUAUUGCGCCUCCCUCAACGAACCUGAAUAUAGCUCCUUAUGGCGACCACUUCAUUAUGCAGCAUUCCAUGGCCAAGACCUUACCGUCGAGUAUCUUCUGAAUAACGGAGCCGACCCUACUAAACAGAAUAAGGAUAGGCAAACUGCCCUAAUGAAUAUUGCCACAAGUAUGGAACCCCCCAACUGGCCCUACAAGGAAUUCAAGAAGAGAACUAUAGGAUUCUCUACUAGCCAUAAGCGAAUAAUUAGAUUAUUCCUUGACUAUGGAUUAGAGCUCUCCCAAAUAGAUUAUAACGGGCAUACUAUUCUUCAUCUAGCAUCCGCGAAUGGUUAUACCGAGCUAGUUGAAUAUCUAAUCAGCCUUGGGGCCAAUCCAACUUCCGGGGAUGCUCGCGGCUUAACUCCCCUACAUCAUGCGAUAUUUAAUCACCACGCUACGACAUCAGAGGUUCUUGUAUCUGCAGGCGCUUCUCUAAUGGCCACGGAUCAUACGGGAGCUUCUUCUAUACAUACUGCAGCAGCCGUAGGUUAUCCAUCCAUGGCUUUCUCAAAACUUCUUGCCGUUAAGGGGGUAGAUCCCCUUGCGCUUGAUGAGAACGGGUGGACACCAUUACACCAUGCCGCUGAAGGUGGUUUCUUCGACACACUAAAACUCCUCCUUGAAGUAACCGACGCGAAAUUUAUAUUACCAUCAAAGAAACCAUUAACACUGCGGGGAGCGGUUAAGAACCAUGAUGUGGACAUGGCCCAAUACCUUCUUGAAGCGGGCGUGGAAAUUGACCCUGUUGAACGGGGGAUUUUUCCGAAGUUACCUCCCCUACAUAUCGCAAUUAUGGAGGGGUGUGAGGAUCUUGUUGAGCUUCUACUUAGUCGUGGAGCAGACCCUAAUCAGAAGCACCGGGGCAGUAAUCCGCUUAAUUAUGCGAUUUCCAAAGGUGCUAUGCGAAUCGUCCGCAUUCUCCUGAGAAAAGGGGCAGAUAUCUCGGGGGAAGAUGUAGAUAUCUUGGCAGAGGAGGUAGAUACCUCAGAGGCAGAGGUUAUCUCAGCAGGGGAGGAGGAAUUUCUGACUCCGCCGUUAAUCGUGGCAGUUGAAAAUUGUCACUUGGACCUUGUCAUGUUGCUACUUGACGAAGGAGCUGAUAUAAAUAUUCGUUCACGAAAAAACUAUGGUGUCCUGGACACUGCCGCCUGGCAUGACUGCGAUUUCUAUCUACAAUGUGAAUGCGAGUGCGAGGCGAUGGUACGCCUUCUUCUAGACAAAGGGGUAGAUGUCUCGGCAUACUCUAGACACAGAGGAUCAUCUCUGUCCAUAUUUUGUGCGCAGGGUGGUCGACACAGUACCAUCAAAGCAAUGGUGGAAGCUGGUGCCAAUGUUGAAAGCCAAGAUAGUUUUGGCAACACGCUUCUCCAUGAUGUCGCUCGUCGUUGCUUUGAGGAUAAGCCAUUUUGUACUGAUAUUUUUCAGUAUCUUGUGGAGAAGGGCGCUGAUCCGUUAUUAGUAAAUAAGUCUCUUCUAACACCUUUACACAUAGCAUGCGCGGGUGGUCUGGACUUUGAUUUACAAUCACUUUUAGCUACGGGCAUCGAUAUCACCAGUCAAGAUACCCGGGGGUGGACAGCUCUGCACUACGCGGCGUAUGUAGGGCAUUUUUUGCAACUUAGUCAACUCAUCAAUGCGCUGAAACAGCGCGAGUUCACAAGUUCCGAUAUUCAGGCGAUCCUUAACUUGAGAGACGUUAAUGGGUGGACGGCUAUGCACCUUGCCGUGGCAAAGAGUCCCCUCAAUUUCCGCGGAUACAUGCAAGGCGUUGGUAGUUCGUAUCGAGGAUGGGCGGGCCUGACCCCCAAGCCGCAAGAAAGCUCUGAGGUCGUUUGGUUGCUACUUGAGUCGGGUGCUGAUCCGUCCAUUAUCAACGAAGCAGGACAGACACCACUUGACUUUGCUGAGCUGCAGAAGCCCAAAGAUGAAUUCGAUGAAGAAAGGGAGCUGAAUAAGACAGAAUCUCUCAUGCUACUAGAGAAAGCUGGUGCGCAAAGAGGUUUAGGGCUAGCUGAGGAGGUUCCUAACCCUCAGCCAGAGUCAGACUACUGGGCUAGACCGACCCCAAGAUUGAGGGCCGGAUCGUGGGAAUACAAUACACCAAUAUGGGGCAUUUCAGUUUCGGACUCUGGGAGGUUGGAGCUGGAACCCGAUUCUUUCGCCAUUUCGGAGUGGUAA